UAGGCGCCACCGGGGCGAGAGGACAGAAGUCCUUUGAUGUUGGCGGCCAUCUUGUUGUCCAGCACGCCACCGAGAAGAAGAAGAAGAAGAAGAAGAAGAAUAAGAAGAAGAAGAAGAAGAAGACAAAUAAUAGUUUAAAUAAAAAAUCCUCUUCCGAGUCAGUUGCGCGCCAAGUCCAAGCGCGUGCACGGCCUCAGCUUUCAUCGCAGGCGCGCCCCCCAGCGGCCUGAGCGCGCACGGCAAGCAGCAGCGAGUGCGCGCCCGGUGAGACCGCCGCUGAAGAGCAGACACGUCCGCGUGCACGCACACUCAGACGUCACUCAGCAUGGACUACGCCGCCAACAGCUACACCAGCGCAGCCGGCGCCAACGCUUCUUUCGCCGCCAUGAGCCUCAACGAGCACGUGCAGGUGACAGCUGCUGCCAAGAUGGAGAACGGCGCCGUGGACAAGAAUGUCGCAGGCCUCAAGUCACAAACCUGUGGAAGCAAGGUGGCUGCCAGACCUCAGCCAGACGUGACCAGUGGACAAAGCAGUCCCGGCACUCCCAAGUCUCCUUCCAGUCAGGCACUCCCUGGAAAGUCAGUGGGCGACGCCCACAAAGUAAAAAAGGUGGCGGUUGUCCGCAGUACGCCCAAGUCACCGGGGUCCCUGAAGAGUCGUCCCCCGGCCCCUCUGGCCGCCGCCCCCACGCCGGUACCCGACUUGAAAGGCGUCAAGUCCAAGAUUGGAUCGACAGAAAACAUCAAGCAUCAGCCGGGCGGGGGAAAGGUGCAGAUCCUGGACCAAAAGGUGGACUACAGCAGCGUGCAGUCCAAGUGCGGCUCCAAGGCCAACCUCAAACACGUGCCCGGUGGCGGCAACGUUCAAAUCCUGGACAAGAAGCUGGACAUAACAAGCGUGCAGUCCCGAUGUGGGUCCAAGAUCAACAUGAAGCACACGCCAGGAGGCGGAAAGGUGCAGAUCGUGCACAAGAAAGUGGACGUGAGCAACGUGACGUCCAAGUGUGGCUCCAAAGACAACAUCCGUCACAAACCAGGUGGUGGGAACGUGGAGAUCAAAAAUGAGAAGCUGGAGUUCCGUGUUCAGUCCAAGGUGGGAUCUCUCAACAACAUUGGCCAUGUUCCUGGAGGCGGUCAGAGGAAGCGAGCGAGGGGGACGCAGGGCGAGUGCAGCCCCUCCACCCCCUCCCCCCCUGUCACCCCGACUGAAGCCCCCCCUCCCCCCAAAGAUGGAGGAGAGCAAUCGAGAGCCACAAACUGACCUUCCGUGAGAGCGCCAAGGCCCGCACCGACCACGGCGCAGAGAUCGUGUCAUUGGAGGACUCCCCCCAGCAGCUCAGCACCGUGUCGUCCUCCGGUAGUCUCAACAUGGCCGACCCCCCGCAGCUCUCCACGCUGGCCGACCAGG